AUGACGAAGGCUCCUUUCUCUGUGGAGUGGCUUUCUCAGAGCAGCCAGGCUACCAAGCAGGCCCGGGACGGGUCAAAAACCCAGCCAGCCUGCUCUUCCACGUGUCCCAAUGACACCCAAACCAAGCUGGGCAAUCUCGUGCCGAACUCGCAGCCGGGGGUGACGGCCAUACCCCAGAGUGGGAACAAAGUCCCUGCCAGAGACCACGAGGCGCCUCCCGAACAUCGUCUUCCGCUCCAGAAGAACUCGGAGCGCCCUUCUUCAGCAGGAGCGCUGGCCGGUUCCAGUCGGGAGUGGGGCGGUGCAGAGUGCAGCUCGGACGGCGAGGGAAGCGUCACAGAGAGCCAGAGUCCGGAAGACGCCGGAGGUAGAAGCACAAGCAGCCGCCGUUUACGCACCGCUUUCAGCCUGGAGCAGAUCAGCACCCUGGAGAGCUCCUUUAAGCGCCAGAAAUACUUGGGAGCCGCGGAGAGGCGCAAACUGGCUAAUAAAAUGCAGCUGUCAGAAGUGCAGAUCAAGACUUGGUUCCAGAACCGGAGAAUGAAGUUGAAACGGCAGCUGCAGGAGAUGAGACCAGAUCCCUUCCAUGCAGUGCCCUAUUACAGCUCCCUCCAUUUUGGACCUCAUAGUGGGCCCCUGUCUUAUGUUUACUCACCUCACCAGCAGACUCUUACCAGGAGAGAAGUUUUCUCUUCUGGCAUCCCUUUCUCUCCAAUGCCAGCUUCUGCCUUGGAUCCCACAAGCACCUCUGGGGCUCAGUCAGGUGCCCUCUGGCCAGCAUCUGUGCCCUAUUUUGUGGGAUACCCAGACCCUAGAACAUUCUUCAUGACUCUCUGAACCAGUCAAUCCACAGGGACUGUGAUGACUCACAGGAAAAUUUGCACUAAGGCUAGCCCUUUGGGUUACCCAGAGCUGUAGUUGCCUAGUGGAUUUCUGCUGAGAUCCUUAGCCCUAUACACUAGGGAGAUAUUUUGCACAGAGACAUUUGCACAUAGGUGAUUGGCAAAGUAAUAUUCAUAUUACUGCAAUGUGUUCAAAUAAAGCUAAUUCAUUUGGUAAGACCUUGUUGGGUCUUUAGUUGUCCCAUAAGUGUUGGCCUGGCCCUGGAGAACACAAGCUAGCUUCAAUAGGAGCACAUGCAGUUUUGCAGAGGCACAAUAUAUGG